CCCCCAUGCACCAAUGAAACCAGCCCAGCCUGUCCCAGAGCUGUCAAACAUGACAAUACCACCAUCUCCUUUCUCGCCAUCCUCCCUCUCUGCUCCUCCUCCUUCUAAGUACUACAGCCACCAACAAGAGCAACGUGAGGAGGAAGAGAAGAAGCCACCGUCUUCUUCCUUCUUUUCUCUUCUUCUCCAACCAUGAGCUCCUUCUUCGGAAACUUUCAAAAGAAGAGGUUCUUCCCCACCACGCCCCUCAAGGAUGACCUCCCCAUCUCCCAAGAGCACCAGAAGGACGCCCCGGUGGGAGGCCUCAGGAGGAGGAUCUCCUCCUUCUCUGUCAAGAUCCAGCCGCUGUCCUCAGCCUCCAGCGCGUGGGCCUUCAGGCGGUCCAAGUCCAUGCCAUCCAUCGGGGAGUUCGCCGGCGGCCCUCUCAGGAGGUGGUGGGAUUGGGGGUGGGGGUGGAUCCUCUCGAGGAAGCCGACCUUCGCCCGAGAUCUUGAGAUGAACGGAGAGGAGACGGCAAUGCUCGGGUGCCACAGCAAGGGAACCUGGCGGCAUGUCUUCUACAAGGUGCGGUCGGAGUUCAGGAAGCUCGUCGGAUCGAACACAUUGCCAACCACGCAGAAAUUUAGGUAUGAUUCAUGCAGCUACGCGAAUAAUUUCGAUGAUGGGAAGAGAGGAGAGCAGUGAGGAAGGGGGGCCGCUUUGGGUCAGGUCGGGCUUGGUGGUGUUCGAUACUUCAUUUGUUCUAAAUUCUUUUUGUUUCUCGGAGCUGGAUCUUGCUGUGGUAAGAGGAAUUUAUAGACGAGUUGGUUCAGAAUGUGGUCAUGUUGUCAUAAUUCAUCACUUUAUGGCUGGAGAAGAUCCAUAAAGAGCACGUAAGACUAUAGAAGUUACAAACUCGAGCAGUCUUCCGGUGUUGAAUUGGCUUAGAUUGUUCGGAUCUAGCAUGUUUCAAGGAAGCAAGAAUAAUUCUUCUAUAAAUCUUGAAUGUGCCGUUUAUGGUCUCGUUUUAUUUAUUUAUUUAUUUAAGCAAAUUCUGCAA